UGUCAUAUUUGCCACAAAAGCUAUCAAUCACCGGUGCAGCUAAAACGUCAUCUGAGAAGACAUGCAGAAGAUAAAAAACACCUAUGUCCUUUCUGUAAGAAAGGUUUUAGUGAUCAAUUCGAUUUAAAGCGACAUGUCCGUAUUCAUACCGGAAUAAAGCCAUUUAGGUGUAAACUUUGCAACCGAGCAUUUGCUCAACGAUGCUCAUUAGAAUUACACUGUCAAAAGUCUCAUGGUACCGAUGCUCAAUAUAAAUUCCGAGAAAGACGAGAAAAAGUUUAUGUAUGCGAAACUUGUGGUUUUACUGCUAAGGAAAUUCAACCUUAUCAUGAACAUCUUUUGUCUCACAAAGGAGAUCCUAGCGUUAUCUUUCAACCUAAAUUUUUAAAGCAAUAG